UCAGCUCUCUUCCUCAGACAACAAACAAAAGGCAAAAAACACGCCUCUCUCUCGCAACAGCAACAGCAACCUCAAAUCUGAUUUCUCCGCAAACUACUCAAGAUUCUCCAAAAACUCGUUUUCUUCUGCAAUUCACUUCGCUUAAGGCUAUCAAUGUUGUGCAAUUCGAUAUCGACCGUUGAUUACAUGAGGAUUUUAUAGGUUUACUCCUCGCCGUUGAUUUAGAGUUGUUCUGAGGACAUGAAUGUUUCAGGAGAAGAAGUGGUUUUAUUCUGUAGCUGUUAAAAAUAUAAAUUAUAUGGGUGUUUUAGAAUUGGUGAAUUUAUAUAGAUUGUAGUGGAUUUUGGUUGAUCAGAUCUCCGACUAUUGGGCUUGGAAAGAGAUGCUGAGUCGAGGUUGGAGAUGGGCUUUGGGUACGGUGUACAUCGUCGCUGUUGCGGCUAUUUGGAUUGCAGCCAGCUAUAUAGUUCAAUCCGUUGUGGAUGAGGGUGUUUCUCCUUUUCUCAUCACCUACAUUUGCAAUUCCUUGUUUGUGGUUUACAUACCUUUAGUUGAAAUUGGACGCUAUUUUGAGGAUUCUUUAGCUAAUUUAUGGUUUACAAACCGUCCUGGGAAUGACUUAAAUGAUCAUCGGUUGGGAGAUUCCAAGAAAGCAGCACUUUUGGGGGAGGAGGAUUCUAAUACAACAGGAGAUGGGUUGAAUACCUCUGAAUUUGUCCACAAGGAACGUCUGAGUCAGUAUGGAAAGGAUACUGUAUUGGAAAGGGAGUCGGAAAUCCAUGAGUCUGAAAGGAUGUUGCUCUGUGGGGAUAAUUCAUCAGCACGGCAGGUCAACAGAAAUGGUAGUAAAGAACUGGAUGCAAAGGGACGAUGGACGCGAACAAGAAUGGCUAAGGUUGGCCUGUUGAUAUCUCCCUUUUGGUUUCUUGCACAACUCACUUUCAAUCUCUCUCUCAAAUAUACGACCGUGACGUCAAAUACCAUCUUAAGUAGCGCUUCCAGCCUGUUCACUUUCUUGGUAUCCUUAGCAUUCUUGGGUGAGAGGUUCACAUUUUUGAAGCUAAUUAGCGUUCUUCUCUGCAUGGUGGGAACAAUUAUAGUCAGCUUGGGUGAUUCUGAAACAGGGCCCAAUGCAAUCGCUACAAACCCUCUUCUUGGAGACAUUCUCGCCCUUGUUUCAGCGGGCUUGUAUUCUGUUUACAUUACCCUGAUCCGUAAAAAGAUACCUGAUGAAGAAAGAGGCGAAGGUCUAGCCAGCAUGGCACAGUUCCUUGGAUUUCUUGGGCUGUUCAACCUAUUGAUUUUUCUACCCGUUGCUCUCAUACUGAAUUUUACAGGGUUGGAGCCCUUUCACAAGCUCAGCUGGAAGCAGACCGGUCUCAUCAUUGGAAAAGGUCUACUGGAUAAUGUGCUGAGCGAUUACUUAUGGGCAAAGGCUGUCAUCCUAACAACACCCACGGCAACAACAGCUGGUCUUACAAUUCAGGUACCGAUUGCAGCCGUCGUGGAUACGCUGACAGGCUAUGCUCCUCAUCAUAUGGAUUACCUUGGAGCUGUUGCUGUCUUGGCUGGGUUCGCGGGUAUCAACAUCCCCCCUGAUGCUUGUUGUGGCUCAAGGGAUCACCAUCAAGAACAAGAAGCUGAAAAUACUAGUAUUGUCACUGGGAAUGAUGGUCUGCCAAUCAGUAGAGAUGCAAUCACCGUUUCUUAGCAUGAUUUCUGAUUUUCUUAAAAUGUUCCACAACCUUGGGUACCAAUUCUAUCCGCCGAAUCUGUGCAUUAUCUGAUUUUGCAGAAUUUGGGGUCUGUCUAUUAAGCAGAUGUACUAUUUGUGUUGAUAAGAAAGCAUCUCAUGAUUUCUGCCUCAUUUCUGUCAGUCAUCUUAGUUUUUGGCUGGUUCUGUUAUAAACUCUUUUGAAGUUGCAUCAACCAUUUUAUUUCGAGUUGUCGUA